AUAGAAGUACUCACUGAUAUUACAGCAAUCACCGAAGUUUCACAAUCCUAAACCUUUUGGCCACUCGUAGGAUAAGGGAACUAGUAAUGAAGUUGUUUAUUAUGCUUGUGGUAAAAACAAACAUAUCAAACCAGAGUGUCCCUAUAAUCCCAGGAAUUUCAGAGGGUGACAAUGAGUGUCAUGGGUGACUGGAUGCCUUUUCCCCACCUCAUGGACAAGGACACCUUAGGUGCAGGAGUAAGUAUCAAAGAAGAGCUGAGUGAUGUCACUGAAGAGACGUGGCUGGAAAUUAAGGAAGAGCCGCUUGAUUGUGCAGAUGAAGUGAGAGAUGAAGUGAGGGAAGUGAAAGUGAAGCAUAAAUUUAUAUUCUUUAAGGAUCUUCAAGACCUGAGACAUGAAGUGGUUGAAAAAGACUCAUUUGACUUGAUCCAAGAUUGCAAUGACGUCUUGGUAAGAGCGGCCUUUGUGCCAGAGGAUUGUGAGGACAUGAACUCAUCAGAAGAGGAUGGAAUAACGUAUAAGGAAAGUCUUGAGGUUACACAUGGAAAAGUGGAAACCGAAUUGAAACACACUGUAUGUGAAUUUUGUGGCAUGAAAUUCCAUUGUAAGAGUUAUUUCAAGAUUCACAUGAGAGUCCACACAAAUGAGAAGCCAUAUAGCUGUGAGAUUUGUGAUAAGGUCUUCUCGUCCAAAAGAAAUCUAGAAAUACACAUGCGAGUACAUACAAAGGAGAAGGCAUACAGUUGUGAGGUUUGUAAUAAGGCUUUCUCAUCCAAAAGUUAUCUGAUAAUACACAUGAGAGUACAUACAAGGGAGAAACCAUACAACUGUGAUAUUUGCAAUAAGACUUUCACAUUCAAAAGUAAUCUACUAACACACAUAAGAAUACACACAAAGGAGAAACCAUACAGCUGUGAGUUUUGUGAUAAGGCUUUCUCAUCCAAAAGUAUUUUAGUAAUACACACGAGAGUACACACAAAAGAGAAGCCAUAUAUCUGUGAGAGUUGCAGUAAAGCCUUUCCAUCCAAGAGUGAUCUGGGUAAGCACACACGAAUACAUACCAAGGAGAAGCCAUACAGGUGUGAGACUUGCAAUAAGGCCUUUCCAUCCAAAAAGAAUCUAGUAAUACACAUGGGAGUACAUUCAAAUGAGAAGCCAUACAGAUGUAAUAUUUGCAGUAGGGCAUUCACAUUUAGAAGUAAUCUACUAACACACAUGAAAGUACAUUCAAAGGAGAAACCAUACAGCUGUGGGAUUUGUAAUAUGGCCUUCACAUUUAAGAGUAAUCUACUAACACACACAAAAAUACAUACAAAGGAGAAGCCAUUCAGCUGUUUGAUUUGCAGUAAGCACUUCCCAUCCAAAAUUGAUCUGGCAAAACACAAACAAAUACAUACAAAGGAGAAGCCAUACAACUGUGAGAUUUGCAAUAAGACCUUCCCAUCUAAAAGAAAUCUAUCAGUACAUGUAAGAGUUCAUACAAAGGAAAAGCCAUACAUUUGUGAUAAUUGUAACAAGGCUUUUUCAAUGAAACAGAGUCUAGUAAGGCACAUGACAGUACAUACAAAAGAAAAGCCAUAUAAAUGUGAGGUUUGCAAUAAAGCCUUCUCACAGAAUAGUCACUUAGUGCAACACACAAGAGUACAUACAAAAGAAAAGCCAUAUAAAUGUGAGGUUUGCAAUAAAACCUUCUCGAGGAAUAGUCACCUAGUGCAACACACAAGAGUACAUACAAGGGAGAAGCCAUAUUCUUGUGAAAUUUGUAAUAAAUCCUUCUCAAGGAGGAAUUACCUUAUGCAACACAUAAGAGUACAUGUACAGGAAAAGUAAUAAAACUAUGUUUCUCAAGAAUUAAUUCAGUGUACAUAUACUUUAAAUCUACAAGGUAUAUAGUUAUACUUUCAGCCAGAGAAGAGAUCUCAUGAGGAAGUACUCAUUCUCGUAACAUUACUUGGGAAGAAGUUUCCUAGAUUUUGAAGAUCUCUUUUUCCAAUGUACAUGAUAUUUUUAAUGUGUAGUGAUUCUUAUCAAGUUUAAUAAACAUUUAUGUGUUAUGACCUUUAUUUUAGUCUCCUUAGAAUUUGUGUACUUGCAUAUUUAUGUCUGAUGUCAUUGACCAAGGCCGGUGGAAAGACUACUCCUAUUGUCCAAAGUGAAAAUGCUCGAAAACGUGCCUUCAUCUCCUCAAUUUCGUUUUUAGUUGAGCCUUUUAGCUUCUUGCAUGAUUUUGGUACGAUAAGAGGAAGCUUCGUGUA